CCACGUGCUCGCGGCUGGAUGAUGACUAUUUUCGAUGGAAUGUUUUGGGUCAUGCGUGGUUGCAUUAUGGUUGACAUUUUUUCUAUUAGAACACCAACUUUGUUUACAUCGGGAAGUUGUGUGGCGGUUAUUCGUAGCGGUUAUUCUGGGGCGCUAUGAGGCGUUGGGGGCGUUUUGCCCUUUCUUAUUCAACUUGAAACUCCCUUUGUACGACGACGUUGCCACUCAGGAAUGUCGCGUAUAUAAGGGAGGAAUU